AAUCCAUACCAUGCUCGUUCUUCAAACGGUAUUUACCCGCAGAAGCAUUGAGCCAAAUGCGUCCUAAUUUCCGCGGAAAAUACCCCUACCUUCUGGACAGUGACUUACGCUCAAUUCCUCGCGCCUUCACUCGUGAUUGGCGUGAGAUCAUCUCCCAAGUCUUGGCGGGGAUGAGACCGAGUCACCAGAUGAACCUACAGGAGAUGGUGGCACUGAUAUCCCAGCGUCCCUCCAGGUACCCUCGUGUUUGGAUGACCCUGAGAGAGCGAAUCGAAACCUUGCUGGAGGCUGGUGAAGAAAUCUCGGACAUGACAUCUAGUAGGCUAGAGACUAUAGCCGCGGCAGGGUUCUACCAUACAGGUAAGGGGACCGGUCUGACUUGCUAUCACUGCGGAUGCCAGGCUUUGGACUGGGACUCUACUGAUGAUCCUUAUCUCCGGCAUGAGGAACUGCAACCAAAGUGUCCGAUCAUCAAGAGAGGCGUGGAUCUUUGGAGAGGCCCUCUUGGGAACGUUAACAAAAGCGCUAGAAGAAGAGGUGUGUCGGAGUCUUCAUAAAAAAAUAAACCUUUUUUACAUUUAAUGGUGUUCUCUCUUCAACACUCUUCUUUUAUUUCUCUAGUUUUCCAGUAGUAACUGUUACUCCUUAUCUAUUUCGCUAUGCCUUUCCUAGUUUUCAUGGUUUCCUGAUCGUGGGUUCAAACCCCAUGACUUCAAUCACUUCAUGUGGUGCAAGAGGAAUAUCAAUUCAGAAAACGAAUAUCCCCUAAUUUGUAACAUGACUGCAUGGACAUGGUUAAUGUAUAUAUGUAAUACCAUAC